CAUGCCUUUGGCUAGAGAUUUACUACAUCCAUCCUUGGAAGAGGAAAAGAAAAAACAUAAAAAGAAACAGCUAGUUCAGAGUCCAAAUUCUUAUUUUAUGGAUGUAAAAUGUCCAGGUUGCUACAAGAUCACUACGGUUUUCAGCCAUGCUCAGACCGUGGUUCUUUGUGUAGGUUGUUCAACAGUAUUGUGCCAGCCGACAGGAGGAAAGGCUAGACUCACGGAAGGGUGUUCAUUUGGAAGAAAGCAACACUAAUGAUCCACACAACUUCCUGAAUUUGUGUUCUAUCACAGAAAGUCUUAUUAGUUCAGGAAUUCUAGUUAAGCUACCAGGAUAAUG